AUGUUCAUGGUGACACGUUUGUCACACGUUGCUCAUGUAUGGCCGGAUACCUAUGAAAAGCUGACGAUCAGCGACAACAUAUUUUUCCGAAAUCAAAUUAUAUCAGUCCGGAGACUAUAUGCACCAGUGGCUAUUGCUAUUGGCCUAAUGAUAUUGUUUCCGAAAUUAAUACUCCUGCUCCGGAUCUUCUUCGCGAAAGUAUCGUUCUGGAGGGCAGCAACCGCUGAUAUGCUUAUCGGAUUGGUCACAAUGUUUUAUACUUCCAUCACU